AUGUACUCUUUCGUUUCCACCUCCGUCUUGCUCUCUUUGAGCGUCUACUUCAGUCUUUCGUUAUCCGCCCCAAGCUCACCUCUUACACUCGACCCUCGUAUGGGGUCUUAUGGGGAGGACAACGAUUCCCCAUUAUGCCCAAAAUUCAGGAACUUUACCGCUCUCACAAUACAAGACGAUUUCUACGGGGCCCGAGACAUAAGCUACUUUGUGACAAAUACCGGAAGGGUCAUCGUCGAUGGAGAUGUCCUCUACGAUGGCACAGAGGAUCAGCUGCUUGGACGACGAAAAGGGCAGGGGGGAAACUAUAAGCCUCGGUCAUUCUCCAACAAUAACCGAAAGUGGCCUGGGGGAAAGCUCCGCUACAAGUACGCUUCGAAUGAUGCUGAGACUAAGCUAAAAGCUAUUGUUGAUGAAGCAAUCAAGCGUUGGAAGACUGGCGCCCCUUAUCUCACAUUUGAGCGAGUGAUGCCGAAUAGCAAUGCGGGCGAAAAUGGAGUGCUUACCAUCUCAGCAACAGAGUGCGAUGGAUGCCACUCCACCAUUGGAUAUCUAAACUCAGACCGUCGAAUGAAUCUUCAGCAAGCCUGUCCAAGCGGGGGGGGCCAAUGCGGAGCCAAUACGGCCACACAUGAAUUCGGGCAUGCACUUGGCCUAAUCCACGAGCACCAACGCCCCGAUCGAGAAAGCUACGUCCACUACAACUGCAAAAAUCUCGAUCCAGGCUGUAACAACAUACCAGCGGGCAAGACAUGCUGCGACAGUGGUCUCCCAGCAGGCUGCUGCACGAAAAGAGGUAAUUUCGAUAUUCUCACAGACGCCGCUCUCGAUCAUACUGGCAAAUACGACGUUGGAUCGAUUAUGCACUACCGCCGAAAUUCCUUCGCUAUUUCCGGCAAAGAGACGUUGACCUCCGCUGCGGCUGGUAUCGUCGUUCCAUCCACCAAUGCUGCCAACCCGGACCAAACUGACUUUGAUCGCAUUUGCAAGAUUUACUCUGCGCAAUGUGACAAGGUGCAACAGUGCAAAAACAAUGGCUGUCCAGCAAAUUGCGCAACUUUCCUUCCCUGUCCUAGCGGAACGAAAUGUUUUGGUGCCCCGGAGCCACCAUUUUGCUGUGAGGCUGAAGCGUUGAAUAAGGCAUGUGAAGCAAAGAAGCAGAAGUGCAAGCAGUUAGGAUGUGAUUAG